AUGAGCGAUGGCCCCGUACCGAAGACCACCCUGUACAUCGGCAACCUCUUCUUCGACGUGACCGCGGAGGACCUGCGCAAGCAAUUUGAGAAAUUUGGUGCCGUUGAGAACGCGCUGAUCGUGCACGAUGCCCGUGGACUGAGCAAAGGUUUCGGCUACGUUACCUUCAGCACCGUUGAGGAAGCCACAGAAGCAAUCACGCAACAGCACGGAGGCAUUAUGGAAGGCCGCGAGGUGGUUGUGCAGUUCUCCAACACAACGUACAGAUCCAUGGCCGAGGCCAAGCCCAGCAAGACCCUCUACAUCGGCAACGUCCCCUACGAAUUGACGGACCAGGACCUGCAGGAUUUGUUCGAAGAUAUUCACGGUAUCACCGAUGUCCGCAUCCCCGUCGACCGUCGCACAGGCUUGCCCCGUGGAUUCGGACACAUCGACUUUGCCGAUCAGAGCAACGCUACCCAUGCCAAGGAAGUUCUCUCUCGCAAGGCGCCUUACGGCCGCAAGCUGGUUGUCAGCUUUGCUAAGCGCAAGGUCUUGAGCCCUGAGGACCACCAGCGUCACCAGCAGAAGAAGUUGGAGAGGAAGAACUCCUACAAUCAACGCCAGGGCGCUGAGCGUAAUGUCGAGUCGAUCGGGGGUAUGAGGGAGUUCCGCGGAGUGCGGGAGGUGAAUGAUAUUGGCGAGGCUACUGAAGUGAACGAGGCUGCGCAGGUAUCAGAGAAGACUGAGACUGAGCAGAAGCAGUAG